AUGCGAAGUCCAGGGCGGUGCGGUAGGGUGCUUGCAGGUCGUGUUCCCAAGAUUCCCAAGAAUGGGACAUCAGGGCGGAUAAAGACUUAUCUACUCAUGGGAGGAGUCUCAGGUGACUUCACUUCGCUUCGUUUGUACCUUUCAGUCGAGCAACCUUUGGUUCCCUCUCCUACCUCAUCCUCUAGGGAUGAGAUUGUUCACACGAGGUCAGUACAUGGGAAGGUGACUUCACAGAUUGCUUAUUCUCGCCUACGCCCUGCUUUCCCGGAGGUUUUUUUGGGGAAAUGGAUUUGGGCUAAAUUUAUUCCCCGUUCGGUUACGAUUUGGAGAGCCAUCCAUCAUCGGCUUGCGGUGCGUCAUACUAUCCGUUUACGAGGAUUCAUCGGUCCUUCGGUUUCGAAUCUAUGGAGAGUGGUUAUAGUCACGGUAUUUUGGUCCAUUUGGUUCAAACGUAAUGAUCUUGCCUUCAACAACAGCCAAUGUACUCCAACGGGGCUUCGUUCAUUUAUUUGGUGUCGGGUUAGAGAGACCUCUACAAUGGACAUGGGGGAAAUGAACAAUUCGGUGGAGGUUCGAUGUCAGUUUCUGUCUUCAGGGUCGGUGGCACCGAAAGAUGCGAAGAAGGGAAAGGGACUAGACCUGUUUCGUAGCCUUGGGGUUCUACUUUCUUUCUGGGAUGGGAUGAGACUUGCUUUUCUUCUUUCACAUAGAAGGAAGUUAGCUGGCUGGCUUGUUGAAGUCAAUCAAUCUGGAGUAGAUCGAUUCCUUCCUCUCCGAAGGAGCUCUUCGGGAAAGGCCGCUUUGCGUUGUCGCGAGAGUCAGAGGUGGUUUCAAGUGCUAAUGUUCGCUUUCAGAGCUUUCUCAUGGGUCACCUAUAAGCGUGUUGUAAAGAACUUGACUAGACUCGUUGAAUGGUAUGGCAAGAAUGCUCGUCUCCGGGAGCUGGUUCAACUAGACAACCAAUCCAAGAAGAACAAUCCGGAUGAGUGUCGAAGAGUAGAGAUCGAGCUCAAUUACACCAGGACUUCACUUCGCUUCGGAAUGAUUAUCCACUAG